AUGGCCUUUGUUAAAUCUAUAAUCGCUCCUACACCCGAGGAGUUCGAAUCUAUUCAAUUCUGGUUUGGGUUGAUGCAUAAGCAUGAAGUUCAAUUCCCAUCGGAAGGGUCUAUGAUUUAUCAACCGCCAACGGGGAAGGUCGGUUAUGUGAGAAUAUGGUUUCUCUGUUCACGACUUAACCCCAAUGAUGUGAAAAAGAUAGUUGGGUUUGAGUUAGGGUUUCGAGCAUUGGGUGUGCUUCACCAUCUUCAAGCAAUCCAGUCUUUCUUCAAUUCAUCUACCCACUCAGGUGUUCACACCUUUUCUCAGUGUUGUAACAGAAAUUCCUUUAUAUUUAACCAGAAAGAGCCUCAGAAGAACUGGCAUGAUCGGUGGCUAUGUGUUAAUAGUGAUUUGGUCAGGACUGGCUAUCCUUGUGUGCCCAAGGCUUCAGAUCGGUUUCACCAACUUUUGGAGGUCAGUUUGUCAGUGGCUCGCAUGUUAAUAGGGAUUUGCGUAUUGGCAGCAGUCGGAAUGAGCGCUGAUUGGCGGUCGCACGGAAAGAUGCCUCAGUUUUUUGUGGACAAUGAUGGUAAGUGA